UCUUUCCUAUCAUGUCUCUGGCUCCUUUGGUUCCUACACUCCCCUGGCCUCGGUCUUGGGAUGGUUUGGGGUUUAUUGCAGGGGGGAGCGACAGGGAUUUCAGCCCCAGGCGUCUAGUCAAAUGAUUGUUUUAUUAUCAUCAUCAUCAUCAUUAUUGGUGUAACAAUCAUCUAGACUAAAUAAAGCUAGGGCCCAGCCAGCCAACCCCCUCCAACGUUUUUAUUUCAUUCUCUUCUCUAUCUAUUAAUAACAAACUCAACUGAUGCCUGUUAAUUAAUUCCCCCUUCAGCCAGGGCUGCUUGGAAGCUAAUUUUGGUUAAAUCAUCAGAGGCUAAUGGUAAUAAUAAUAAAAGGAUUGGGUCAGCCUGGUCAAUUGAACUCCAGUUCUCCCUGGAAGGACCUGCUGCUUUGCAGACUCUUGUGUAUUUCCCAGAAACAAAUUCUUCCCAGAAACCAAUAGGAACUCAGGGCUACCCGGCUCCCUUUUGAGUAUAAAUCUGUGCCUGUUAAGAAAGGGAUUUAUGUGUGGGAGGGACUUCCUUCACCUGUACUUCUUUCAUUUUAUUUUUCUAUUUUUAGUUUUCUUUGAAGUUGACCAGCUGGGCUGAAUGAGAUUUAAGUAUUCCAAACACACAUGUCAGAAAAGAGGGUCAGUCCGGUGGUGAGGAGUUGGGGAAGACCGGGGGAAAAAAUGAUGUCAGAAGUUUCAGAACAAUACACAGAAUCCUACAGUAGCGUGAAUCUUUAUUUUCCUGGCACAUUAAAAAAAAGCUGCAUUAAAAUAGUGAUUGUAUUAUUAUUAUUUUUUUUUUGCCUUGGAGGACUUCAGUAAGCAGGAGUAUCCUCUGUUUUCAGCCCAGGGAAUAACAUUGCUCAAGUUGUUUUGUUAACUUUUUUUUUCCCCCCUAGGGAAUAAUAUUGUCUUAAAAAGCACUUUCCCCAACUCUUGGUAGAAAAGUCCAGCAAUUAUGCAUACAAUUCAUUCAUCCUUUCUUCUUUUGGAGAAUCCUAAGAAAACACAUUGUCAAGGAGAGGGUGGGAAAAAAUGAAGUCUGCUGGAAAAAAAAGGGGAGGGGGUUAGGGAGAGACUUGGGCCAAAUGGUCAAAGCACCAACCGGGCCAGGUCAGGGAAAGUGAAACAAUCCAGCUCCAUUUGGGAGCCCCACAGGGGCCUCUGGCUGCCGGGAGCCCAGACUUGGCUAAGCAGACUCCAACUGGAGGUGGUGGUACCUGUGGUAGGGCCAUGGAGACUUGGUUCCGCCGGCUCUGGAGGUUAAAAAUCGUCAGGAAGUUUCUAGGUCAGGCUGCUGUUGUCUUUGUGGGGGGGGCGGGAGGAGAGGAUCCCUCACAGAAGGUCCCCUGCUGAACUUGCUGCUCCCUCCUCUUUCAGAAGUGGUCCUCUGGUUGUCUUCUAGGCUAGACUCUGCUUGGGUGAGAGAGCUAGAUGGACAUGGAGAGAAGCAAAGAGGCCAGAGGCAGAGAGGCCUCUCAGCUUGGAGGAGACUGUUGAUGGCGCUUUUAUUUUGGAGUCUCUUAGUCCCCCCCCUUUAAACCACCCUAUCCCAGAGUUGGGGGGAGGGAGGGAGGAGAGGUCAGGGGCUAGUGUGCAGGCAGGAGAGAAGCAGUGGACCUUUUGAUAAUAAGAUUUUACACCUAGGCAGUGCUCAAAGGAGUAUCAUCCUUAUUUUGUAAGUGGAAAUGAAAACUGGUGGGCUUUUUUGUUUAAAAUUAAAGCAUUGAAAUAAGCAAAACCCAUUUCAGGGCAGAAAAGUAGCCUCAGUAUUGGCUUUGGAGGUGUUGGGGUGGGGGAGAAAAAAAACUAUUGAUGUCAGUUCCCUUUUCAGUUCCUAAGAUGGAUUCCCCCCAGUCCUCUUCUCCCCCUUGUCUCUUCUCUUACCCCGCAGGUCAGCCGCUUGGAACAGACCCUGGGAGGAGGGGGGCAGAGAAGGGGGGGGGGUGUCCGGCCUGUCACAUGAUCCCCAGGGGUGCCAAUGUCCGGUCGUGAGGGUGUCAGGCCCUUGCAAAUUGCCACCCACUGCCCGGGCCUCGCCCAGCGAUGCAGAAAACCACCUACUACGACAACACCGCAGCUGCGCUCUUCGGAGGCUACUCCUCGUACCCAGGCAGCAAUGGCUUCGGCUACGACGGGCCCCCCCAGCCCCCCUUUCAGGCGCCCACGCACCUGGAGGGCGACUAUCAGCGCUCGGCGUGCUCGCUGCAGUCCCUGGGCAACGCCACCCCGCAUGCCAAGAGCAAGGAGCUCAACGGCAGCUGCAUGAGGCCCGGUCUGGCCUCUGAGCCCCUGCCCGCCCCGCCCGGCUCACCCCCGCCCAGCGCCGCACCUACCAGUACCACUAGCAACAGCAAUAAUGCGGGCGGGCCCAGCAAAAGCGGCCCCCCCAAGUGCGGCCCCGGCUCCAACUCCACCCUCACCAAACAGAUAUUUCCCUGGAUGAAAGAGUCGAGGCAAACGUCCAAGCUGAAAAACAGCUCUCCCGGCACAGCAGAGGGCUGCGGCGGUGGUGGCGGCGGCGGUGGAGGAGGAGGUAGUGGCAGCGGGGGUGGCGGCGGCGGCGGCGGGGGAGGGGACAAGAGCCCCCCAGGGUCGGCGGCGUCCAAGCGGGCGCGGACGGCGUACACGAGCGCGCAGCUGGUGGAGCUGGAGAAGGAGUUCCACUUCAACCGCUACCUGUGCCGGCCGCGCCGCGUGGAGAUGGCCAACCUGCUGAACCUCAGCGAGCGCCAAAUCAAGAUCUGGUUCCAGAACCGCCGCAUGAAGUACAAGAAGGACCAGAAGGCCAAGGGGCUGGCCUCGUCGUCUGGGGGCCCGUCCCCCGCCGGCAGCCCCCCGCAGCCCAUGCAGUCCACGACCGGCUUCAUGAACGCCUUACACCCCAUGACUCCCAGCUACGAGAGCCCCUCCCCGCCCGCCUUCGGCAAAGCCCACCAGAAUGCCUACGCGCUGCCCUCCAAUUACCAGCCCCCUCUUAAAGGAUGCGGCGCCCCGCAGAAGUACCCCCCGACCCCGGCACCCGACUAUGAGCCCCACGUCCUCCAAGCCAACGGGGGUGCGUACGGCACGCCCACCAUGCAGGGCAGCCCGGUGUACGUGGGCGGGGGCGGCUACGCAGAUCCGCUGCCGCCCCCUGCCGGCCCCUCCCUCUACGGCCUCAACCACCUUUCCCACCACCCCUCGGGGAACCUGGACUACAACGGGGCGCCCCCUAUGGCCCCCAGCCAGCACCACGGACCCUGCGACCCCCACCCCACCUACACAGACCUCUCCUCUCACCACGCGCCUCCUCCUCAGGGUAGAAUCCAAGAAGCGCCCAAAUUAACACACCUGUGAAGGGAGAGGGAGGACGAAGGGGCGAGGUGAUGGGGCGAAGCGGGGAAAGCCGGUUGGGCUGAGAUGCUCUGGAGGGCAACCCGGGAGGUGUGAAGGAGAAGGCAGGGAGGCGAUAGUGAGACUCCUUAGGAAGAAGGAGCCUGAGCCCCAUCUCCUCCCCCUGGUCUGAGAAGUUGCUUUUCAGUCCUCCGGUCCCCCCUGUUCCAUCUGCCUGCCAACCCAUCAGAAAGGAAUCCACAGCAGAUUGGAGAUGACCCCAUCAACCCCAGGACUCCAGCACUACCAGUUGGAAUUCCACGAUGAGGCGUGGGGUAGAGCAAGAGGGGUUAGGAAAACAAGGCAGAGAAGCACAUUUUAAACAACAGAGGAGAUGGCUAGGCCAUCACUCACCAACCAACUUACCUUCCAUCUCUGUGGGCAGUUCCCCCAAACCUUGACUUUUUUCCUCUUAAUUCUAUUUAAAAAACAAAACAAAACACAUUUCAAACCCAAGGGCACAAAACACACUCCCCUCCUGCUUCCCAGAAGCCUCAAAGUUUGCUCCCAACUAUUUGAGGCUUAUUGGGGCACCCCCUCCAUUUCUAGCACCAGAUUUUCUGCUUCAGAACAUUAUUACCUACACCCCACCCCACUGAUUACAGUUUUCAGAGGGCUCAGGGAUGGUGAGAGAUCCUGAAAGUCAGAGCUGCCUAUAUUAUAAAUAUAUAUAUUUUUUCUUUUACAUGGAAGUUGGGAGGCAGGCAAGUGGUGGAGACUAAAGGCUUGCCCCUUCUGCCACCUCCUAUCUCAGCUCCGGGUCCAUCCCCCUCUCUCCACAGAAAACAAUCGGCGACACGAGGUUCUACAUUCUUUUCUUUUCUUCUGUUACUCUCUUGACUUAACGUGAAAACAGGGUAUAUUUGAACAAACUGUCUGUCCCUGGCAGGGGCUACAGCUUGGCCUGUGAGCCUUGCUCAACCUCCUGACAGGACACUUUUGUUGCACUUAGAGUUUACAUUUUAAUGGCUAUAAAAACAACUGUGAGAGGUGCCUGGGCCUGCAGGAGCCCAGCAUCGCUCAAAAAGCGUGUGUUCUAGUGAACAUUUUCAUAUAUAUUUAUUGGUUAUAGCCAGUUAAAAUAUUUUCUUUUUGUAUUAUUUAUCCCCCCUACAUUACGUAUUUAUGAGGGAAAAAAGAAAAAAAUUGUACUUUUUUAGUAUUUACUUGUUAUAAAGGACGUUGUGUUUCCUGUCAUGUAAAACCAGCUAUUUUAGUUAUUGUACUCUAGAAAAGAGCUGUAGCUUUAUGUUAAUCUUGUACUUAUGAGCAAUUGUAAUUAGUUUAAAAGGCAUGAACUCAGCUCCUAAUUGUCACUGUAUAGUCCUGAAUUUGUAGAAUUAGAGUUAUUCCCUCUCGGAACUUUCUUUGUUCUUCGUGGUUACUUUUUUUCCUCACUCAAAAGGGUUGUCUGUCUAACAAUUCUUGAAUAAACUUUCUGUUACCAAUUUUAUCUUGUCCUAGUGGUCCAAUUUAGCUAGCAGAUCAAGGCUGCUCACCGUCAAACUUCCACCUGAGGAAAGAAGGACAUU